AUUUGAACAGGAGAUCCAGUCCCAGCCAGGGGCGGGGGGUCCUGCACCCUCCAGGUUUAUACUGGGCUCCAACACCUACAGCAAUGUCCAGGCCAGGUUGAGUGCCAUUGCCAACCCAGGACAUAGCCUGGACCCUCCACCACCCCCUCCACAGGUGUUAACAUCUGGGAACUCCUCACUACCCUCAGCUACUAUACAAGGCAUUGCAGCUGCGCCUCCACCUCCACCUCCUUCGGGCCCCCCUCCUCGCCCCCCUCCUGUAUUCGUACCUCCACAGCUGCGCCAGAGACCCCCUGGUAUGAGGCCUCAAUAUGGACCUCCACCUUCACAGCAGGGGAACAUGAGACCCCCUUUUAACCCUGCAAUGGGCUUUCCCCAACGGGGGCCUCCUCCACGCAUGCCACCCCCAGGGUACCCCCCUGGCAUGCAAGGACCCAUGGGGGGCCCCCCAGGCGGGGGAUAUUAUGGACAUGCACACCCAGGCCCUUCUGUGCCUCAGCACCCUUCAAAUGCUGCUACUAUUGAGAAGCCAAAAGUUGUGUACAGUGCCCCUCCAGUGAGAAAUGUUCCAAAGACAAACAACAGUAUUAAUACAGCUGAUACAGGCAGUGCACAGGCUGAAAAACCUGCCGACGAGGAGGUUGGGUCAGUGGUGCCUGGGAUACAGGUCAACGUGUCCGUUGACGAGCCUCAUUUCCAGCAGGAAGGGAUAGUGCAGAACGUGGAUGGCGAACCUAUGGACAUGAUGACGGUGGCGGCACAGCAGACAAAGAAAGAUAAGAAAGAGAAAAAGAAAAAGUUUUUAAGAACGGCGGCUGGUGAUGUGUGGGAAGAUCCAUCUCUGGCAGAAUGGAAUCCAGAUGACUUUAGGAUAUUUUGUGGUGAUUUAGGCAAUGAGGUCACAGAUGAAAUAUUGGCAAGAGCUUUCAACAGGUUUCCAAGUUUUGUGAAAGCUAAAGUGGUGAGAGACAAGAGAUCAAAUAAGACCAAAGGUUUUGGUUUUGUAAGUUUUGGGGACCCUAAUGACUUUGCCAGGGCCAUGCGAGAGAUGAAUGGAAAAUACGUGGGAAACCGUCCUAUUAAGUUAAGGAAAUCCAAUUGGAAGGACAGAAGUAUAGAUGUGGUGAAGAGGAAAGAAAGAGAAAAGAAACGCUUGGGUCUAAGAUGACCCAAAACUAAAAGUGUGUGACUCUCAAACUCAUUCAGUCCUUUAUUUGCAAUGGCAUGUAGACUGAAUUCUGACAUGUUUCACGUCAGAGGAUGAUGUAAAAGGUAACAAAUCAAGGCACUUUUUGUUAAUGAUGAAACCAUGAAUUAAAAUAUUUGACCUUGCAAUAAUUGUGGAACUAAUGAUCUAGAUAGUUACUGACGUCAUUUGUGGUCUGAAAUUCAAGAUGUAACUUUUUCUUAAUUUGGAGAGUGUAAUGAUGCCAGCAUAUAGAGUUAGUAGGAUGCAAGGCGAAUGAAUUUGCAGAUAAAAAGACAAUUAAUUACAACAGGCAGACACAAAAGCUGGUUUAAUGGGAAGAUCUUGUUUUGAAAACCAGUUGAUGGAAAACACAUUAAUGCUAUUUAUUUUAAAAUAUGUAUAGUGAACAUAAAAAGAAACUUGUCGUAACUUACAAUUCUAUCAUAUAUCAUCCUCUUUGGCAUCAUUCUAAAAGUAAAAUUACAUAUAAACAA